CACUUCCUGUUUCACCUCACUUGCACAAAGUUCAGGAAGAGUCACACAGCUUUGAUUUGAGGAUGAGCAGCACGCCAUCAAUAGCCACCAUUUUAUACUUGGACACUUAAACAUGGCAACUUUUACCAGCUAGUCGUCCUCGUUCUUGUCCUUUUUUAGUCUGCUGUCAGCAUAAGUUGGUACCGGUGGCGGCGGACAACAUGCCCGAGUCGUCCAAGAUGAGGAAGCCCGACGUGAAGGUGGUCCUCCUGGGAGACAUGAAUGUCGGCAAGACGUCGCUGCUCCACAGGUACACGGAGAGGAAGUUCAAAGACACCAUUAGCACGGUUGGAGGGGCGUUCUUUCUCAAACAGUGGGGACCCUACAACAUCUCCAUAUGGGACACUGCUGGCCGGGAACAGUUCCACGGUCUGGGCUCCAUGUACUGUCGGGGCGCCGCCGCCAUCAUCCUGACUUACGACGUCACCAACUGGCAGAGCCUCGCCGAGCUGGAGGAGCGCUUCCUGUCCCUGACGGACACCGCAAACCACGACUGCAUCUACGCCCUGGUGGGCAACAAGGUGGACCUCACGGACGCCAAAGCCCAUCUGUCCCAGGAGGAGGACCGAACGGAAUCGGCCGAGGACCGAUCGGAGCUGCUCUCCGCCUGCCCGACGCCUCCGGCCUCGCCCGUGUCCAUCCCGGUCAUCCCGCUGCAGAAGCAGGUGUGCCGCGAGGACGCCAUGGCCGUCUACGGGAGGAUACUUCGCUACAAGGGCGGCGAUGAGAGGAGCAGCAUGCCCGCGGAGAAGAUGUGCUUCGAGACCAGCGCCAAGACGGGCUACAACGUGGACGCUCUGUUCGAGACGCUGUUCGACCUGGUGCUGCCCUCCAUGCUCAGGAAGAGGAACGAGAACCCGCAGUCUUCCACCGUGAACUUGGAGGACUGCAGGGGCGCCGGCGGCAAGCGGGGGCGCCACUCAUGCUGCUAGGAUCCUCUUAGAAGGGGGCGGGGUUUUAACCACCGAUGGUACCACUAGUAUAGGCAUCGAAGGAGAAACCGCAACAUUAACACUGUGAAGCCAAACCUGUGCCAGCAACCUGAACCAAAGAUGGCUGCCGCCGCCAAGUACACUUUGCUACCACCUUUUUAUGUUGGGAAGAAUUCCACGGAGCUAACAGCACUAAUUGUCACGUGGGUGGCGCAUUGCACUCUGUAUCAUCACACCUUCAUGGAUCUCUUGAGAUGUUCUUCCCUGCCUGCAUCCUCCUUCCUGUGGCCUUGCUGUAGUCCAUCAAUGAUUGGAGAUGCCGCACACGGACUCUUGCUCAACAAAUGACAAAAUGUCGGAAUAAAGAUUUUUAUUUUGCA